CUUUCCGGUGCUGUGCCCCGGAAGCGGAAGUGCGAUCUUCGGGCUGUCAGAGUUGGUCUGUUACUCGGUGGUGGCGGAGUCUACGGAAGCCGUUUUCGCUUCACUUUUCUUGGCUCUAGAGCGCUUUCCCCCUGGCGGGUGGGAGUGCAGGGACGAAGGUGCGAGAUGAGCACUAUGUUCGCGGACACUCUCCUCAUCGUUUUUAUCUCUGUGUGCACGGCUCUGCUCGCAGAGGGUAUAACCUGGGUCCUGGUUUACAGGACAGACAAGUACAAGAGACUGAAGGCAGAAGUGGAAAAACAGAGUAAAAAAUUGGAAAAGAAGAAGGAAACAAUAACAGAGUCAGCUGGUCGACAACAGAAAAAGAAAAUAGAGAGACAAGAAGAGAAACUGAAGAAUAACAACAGAGAUCUAUCAAUGGUUCGAAUGAAAUCCAUGUUUGCGAUUGGCUUUUGUUUUACUGCCCUAAUGGGAAUGUUCAAUUCCAUAUUUGAUGGUAGAGUGGUGGCAAAGCUUCCUUUUACCCCUCUUUCUUACAUCCAAGGACUGUCUCAUCGAAAUCUGCUGGGAGAUGACACCACAGACUGUUCCUUCAUUUUCCUGUAUAUUCUCUGUACUAUGUCGAUUCGACAGAACAUUCAGAAGAUUCUCGGCCUUGCCCCUUCACGAGCCGCCACCAAGCAGGCAGGUGGAUUUCUUGGCCCACCACCUCCUUCUGGGAAGUUCUCUUGAACUCAAGCAGAACUCUUUAUUUUCUAUCAUUCUUUCUAGACACAUACACAUCAGACUGGCAACUGUUUUUUAUCAAGAGCCAUAGGUAGCCUUACUACUUGGGCCUCUUUCUAGUUUUGAAUUAUUUCUAGGCCUUUUGGGUAUGAUUAGAGUGAAAAUGGCAGCCAGCAAACUUGUUAGUGCUUUUGGUCCUAGAUGAUUUUUAUCAAAUAAGUGGAUUGAUUAGUUAAGUUCAGGUGAUGUUUAUGUAAUGAAAAACAAAUAGCAUCCUUCUUGUUUCAUUUACAUAAGUAUUUUCUGUGGGACCGACUCUCAAGGCCUUGUGUAUGCCCUGCAAGUUGGCUCUCUAUGAGCAUUUAGAGAUUUAGAAGAAAAAUUUAGUUUGUAUAACGCUUAAUUGUAACUGUUUGUUUUGUUUUUUUUUCCAAGCCAAAUAUAUGACAUAAGAUCAAUAAAGAGGCCAAAUUUUUAGCUAUUUUAUGUACAA